AUGACCAUCGCCACGGACCGCCCGAUGGCCGUCGAGAUAACGGUCGCGGUAUCCUCGCCCAUAGACGUUGCAGUGACCUCGUCCAAGCCCAAGAAAAAGAAAAAGAAGACCAAGAAGGCAGCACCCAGCACGGUUGGCUCCAAGCGGCCGCCAGUCCGCGGUAUCGAUGGCUUCACCGACAGCUACGUCCAGUACGGCCAAACCGAACCGCCAACGAUUCCGGUCGCAACUCUUUUUUCGCCCGGGUCCUUUCCCCGCGGAGAGGAGCAGCCACAUGGGGGCGACCUCAACACGUUUCGCACGACGUCCGAAGAGCUGCGUGCACUCGAGCGAGAAAACGAGGCGUUCUACGAUCGCCUACGGUAUGCGGCCGAGACGCAGCGUCAAGUGCGCAAGUUUGCGCAGAGCAUGAUAUCACCCGGUAUCCGGCUCAUUGAUCUCUGCGAGUCGCUUGAAAACAAGAACCGCGAGCUCGUUCAAGAAGCCGGCCUCGAGCGCGGCAUUGCAUUCCCAACGGGGUGCUCGCUCAACCACGUGGCAGCGCACUAUUCGCCCAAUGGCGGCGACAACACGGUCCUCAAGUACGGUGACGUCAUGAAGAUCGACUUUGGCACGCAAGUCGACGGCCGCAUCAUCGACUCAGCCUUCACGAUUGCGUUUGACCCGCAGUUUGACCCGCUGCUUGCGGCUGCCAAGGCCGCGACCAACGCAGGCGUUCGCGCCGCUGGGAUUGACGCGCGCCUCGGCGAGAUCGGCGGUGUUAUCCAAGAGGUCAUGGAGUCGUACGAGGUGACGAUCGAGGGCAAGACGUACCCGGUCAAGUGCAUUCGCAACCUCAACGGCCACUCGAUCGGCUCGUACCAGAUCCACGCCGGCAAAUCGGUGCCGGCGAGAUCUUUGCGAUUGAAAACCUUUGGCUCGACGGGCCGCGGCUACGUCGUGGAAGACAUGGAGUGCUCGCACUACGCCAAGACGAUCGACGCCCCACGCGUGCCGUUGCGUCUGCCCCGGGCCAAGAAGCUUCUCUCGCACAUUACGCGAACGUUCGGCACGCUGGCGUUCUGCCGGCGCUGGCUCGAGCGCGAAGACGGCGGGUCGACGCACGUCAACCCCAAGGGCGCCAAGCAGGAAAAGUACAUGGUCGCGCUCAACCAUCUCGUCGACUGCGGCCUCGUGACGAAAUACCCGCCGCUUGUGGAUGUUCGCGGCAGCUACACGGCGCAGUACGAGCACACGUUCAUUCUCAAGCCAACGUGCAAGGAGGUGUUGUCGCGCGGCGACGACUACUGA